CAACAACGCGCCUCCCAUGAACGCGUCGUGAACUCUAAAGGGCCCAGUAUUUCGAGGAGUCGCCCUCUCUCCCGUGCUGGUGCCUCCCUACUCCCAGCGUUACUCGCCAGCACCAGCCUCGAGACACACGUACUGACUUGGUCUUUAUUUGCCGGCGCUCUUCUCUCUGCAUUGGGAUUCUGUCUGAUAUCUUUGUCUGCGUAAGCGGAUCGAAUUGGUCUGCUGUCCCAGGGAAAUGGGCGACAAACCCACCAGCGCCCCGGCUCGCACGCCGGCAAAGACGCCAGCAAAGACGCCGUCGUCCAGUGCGAAGCAGCAGAGCAUCCUGGGCUUCUUCUCAAAGGCCAGCCAGCCAAAGGCCAAGCCCAGUGCCGCUGCCUCUGUCUCCGCCACUGCCACGACGUCCACCUCCACCAAGACAGCCAAGGCGUCGUCGACGUGCCUCAAGGAGACCACAAAGGCCAAUGCCUUGUCCUUUGCCAAGCGCCCGUCCAACAUUACUCCCGUCCCUAGCAGCGACGCAGCUGGGCCAUUGAGCUCCCAGGAGAACGUUGAUGUCAUGGCCAUUGACUCCAAGGUACCCAGCGACUCCUUGCCGUCGCCAAAGUCUCCUGCUGAGCUCGACAUCCAGCCGGCGACCUCCCCCGCGGUGCUUGCAAGCAGCAGCCCUUCCCGAAAGGCCAAGAAAUCCGUCAACUACGCAGAGUCGUCCGACGAAGAAGACGAAGUCAUCACGUCGCGCAAGUCGCGUCCCACGCGGAAUAGGAACCGCGCCCGCACCGCUGUCAUGGACGACGACGAUCACGAGGACGAAUACGAGGGUCCAUUGGACGAUGUGAUGGAUGAAGACGAUGACGAUAUGGACGACUUCGUUGUUUCUGAUGAGUCCGAUGCACCCUCCAAGUCCAAGAAGAGAAAACGCCCAGCUCCCAAGUCCGCCCCGCCCCCCAGAAAGCGGCAACCUUCGUCGAGCUCCCCGACCUCCGCGCAGAUGGAAGAAGACAUUGACGACGAAGAUCUCCUCAAUGAAGCCUCCGGUACAUCAACGGCCCAGCAGUGGCGGUACGACCCCGAGGACAUCGGCAAGCGACAGGAGCACAAACCCGCGGCGGCGCGCAAACCGAGUCCAUCGGCUUCAAAAGCGAAAGAAAGAGCAUGCGAUAAGGAGCCAGAAAAGCGACACCGCUGGCUUGCAGAGCCUCUUGAUGGGGAUCGCAACCCCCCUGGCCACCCAGACUUCAACCCGGGUACCCUUUAUGUGCCGCCCAGCCAAAAGUUCUCGGCUUUUGAGCAGCAGUACUGGGACAUCAAAAAGAACCUCUGGGACACUGUCGUCUUCUUCAAGAAGGGCAAGUUCUACGAGCUGUACGAGAAUGAUGCUACUCUCGGUCACCAGCUUUUCGAUCUGAAGAUGACAGACCGCGUCAACAUGCGCAUGGUCGGCGUUCCCGAAGGCUCACUCGAUAUGUGGGUGAACCAGUUCAUCGCAAAAGGCUACAAGGUCGCCCGGGUCGACCAGAUGGAGUCGGCGCUCGGCAAGGAGAUGCGUGAACGCGAUGGCAAGGGUCUCAAGGCUACAAAGGGCAAAGAAGACAAGAUCAUUCGUCGAGAAUUGGCCUGCAUCCUCACCGGGGGCACUCUUGUUGACGGUAGUAUGCUCCAAGACGACAUGGCUGUUUAUUGUGCCGCCAUCAAGGAGUGCAUUAUCGACGGCCAGCCAGCCUUUGGAAUCGCGUUUGUUGACGCCGCCACGGGCCAGUUCUUCGUCUCCGAGUUCGUCGAUGAUGUGGAUCUCACCAAGUUCGAGACCUUUGUUGCCCAAAUCUGCCCUCGGGAAAUCCUUCUCGAGAAGUCGCACAUCUCUACCAAGGCAAUGAGAAUACUCAAGAACAACACCACCCCAACAACCAUCUGGAAUCAGCUCAAGUCCAACUCUGAGUUCUGGGGUUCCGACCAGACGCGCCGCGAGCUUGACUGCAGUGGCUACUUCGUCCGGGAGGGGGUCGAGGAAGAGGUCUGGCCCGAGGUGCUCGAGGAGUCUAGAGACAAGAACCUGUUGAUGUCGGCACUUGGCGCGCUCAUUCACUACCUGCGGGUCCUCAAGCUCGAGACCACUCUGCUGUCUCAGGGUCAUUUCCAGUGGUACACUCCUAUCCACAAAAAUGGUACGCUCAUUCUUGAUGGACAGACACUCAUCAAUCUCGAGGUCUUCUCGAACACGGUCAACGGCGGGCCCGAGGGCACACUCUUCGCCCUGCUGAACCGCUGUGUUACACCAUUCGGGAAGCGGCUCUUCCGCAACUGGGUCUGCCAUCCACUCUGCAACAUCGACAAGAUCAAUGAGCGCCUGGAUGCUGUGGACCUAUUGAAUGCCGACACCACCAUCCGUGAACAGUUCUCCUCCGAAAUGACCAAGAUGCCUGACCUUGAGAGGUUGAUCUCACGAAUUCAUGCCGGUGUGUGCAGACCAGAUGAUUUCGUCAGGGUCAUAGACGGGUUCGAGCAGAUCGACUACACAAUGACUCUCAUGAGUGCCUUUGGCGGCGGAAACACCAUGGUGGACCGUUUGAUCUCGUCAAUGCCCAGCCUAAAGGAGCCUCUUGACUUUUGGAAGAACGCCUUUGACAAGAGGAAGGCCCGCGAGGAAAAGCUAUUUAUCCCCGAACCUGGUAUCGAGGAAGAGUUUGACAGCAGUAUGGACAACAUCAAGCGGAUUAAAAAAGACCUCGAUGCUCUGCUUUCCAAGCAGAAGGGCAAUUUGAAGUGCCCAAAACUCAAGUUCUGCGAUGUUGGCAAGGAGAUCUACCAGAUCGAAGUCCCCAAGGCUGUCAAAGUCCCCAAGGACUGGCGCCAGAUGUCGGCGACCGCCGCAGUCAAGCGGUACUACUUCCAGGACCUCCUGACCCUGGUGCGCGAGUUGCAGGAGGCAGAGGAGAUACAUUCUCAAGUGAUCAAAGACGUUGCCGCGAGCUUCUUCAAGCGGUUUGACACGGACAACGAAACCUGGCUGCAAGCCAUUAGGGUCGUUGCUCAGCUUGACUGUCUCAUCAGCCUCGCCAAGUCAUCGACCGCGUUGGGCCAGCCAAGCUGCCGCCCUGUCUUUGUCGAUCAAGAGCGGAGCGUUGUGGAUUUUGAGGAAUUGCGCCACCCGUGCAUGUUGAAUAGUGUCGACGACUUUAUUCCCAACGACAUCAAGCUCGGAGGAGAGGGGGCCAAGAUUAACCUGCUGACCGGUGCAAACGCGGCCGGAAAGUCUACAGUGCUGCGCAUGUCCUGCGUCGCCGUGAUCAUGGCCCAGAUCGGCUGCUACGUCCCCGCCGUGUCCGCCAGACUGACCCCGAUCGACCGCAUCAUGUCCCGGCUGGGGGCCAACGACAACAUCUUCGCGGCGCAGUCCACCUUCUUCGUCGAGCUGUCCGAGACCAAGAAGAUCCUGUCCGAGGCGACCCCGCGGUCCCUCGUGAUCCUGGACGAGCUGGGCCGCGGCACGUCCUCGUACGACGGCGUCGCCGUCGCGCAGGCGGUGCUGCACCAGGUCGCGACGCACGUGGGCUGCGUCGGCUACUUUGCCACGCACUACCACAGCCUGGCGGCCGAGUUCGAGAGCCACCCCGAGAUCUCCCCGCGGCGCAUGCGGAUCCGCGUCGACGGCGCCAACCGGCGGGUGACGUUCCUGUACAAGCUCGAGGAGGGCGUGGCCGAGGGCUCGUUCGGCAUGCACUGCGCCGCCAUGUGCGGCAUCCCCGGGGCCGUCAUCGAGAGGGCCGAGGUCGCCGCCAGGGAGUGGGAGCACACCUCGCGCCUCAAGGAGAGCCUCGAGCGCGCCAAGACCGGGUGCUACAUCCCGCUCGGCGUGCUCAGUGACGUCUCGUCGCUGCUGAAGGGGCGUGUGGAUUCCGAGGGGAGCAGUGAGGUUCGCAGCGGCGGCGUGGAGGUUCUGCUCAGGGCCAUUGAGGCGCUGUGAAGGGGGUCCUGAGGGUCCAGGCGUGUCUGUGUUGCGUGACUGAAGGAUUUGACGGCUUUGAUGUUUGCUGCUUGGAUUGCUAGGCGUUGGGCGGUUGCUACAAUUGUGGACAUCUAUAGUUUCUCGUCAGUGUCAUGAUGAGGACGGUGUGCUUGUGUUUUGUACCUGAGUGUCGGCUAGGAAUAGCUAGAAGUGUAAUAGACACGUCAUGUCCGGUUUACCAUCCUGA